GAUAGAAGUCGAACUGUUGAGGAUUGUAUUGUGAUUUAUAUUACUCAGAAUAUUCGGUUUAUUGCCACCAUGUCGUCAGACAGCGACAUACAAAUGACGUCGAGAGGGUUUUUCUGUUCGUUGUGUAACACCAACUUACCGAACAAGCCGAGUGUGGAUCAGCAUGUGAAGGGGCGAAAGCAUCAGACGCUGAGCACGGUGCGCGCCACGAGAAAGACUCAAGAGGAGCACAGUGUGUUCGUCAGCGGCAUCAAGCCUGAAAUCUCUCAGAGUGAUGUCACCGAGUACUUCCAGCAGUUUGGUGCCGUCACAGAUGUUAUCAUGGAUAAAGACAAGGGUGUUUAUGCCAUCGUGCAGUUCGGUGAAACUGAGAGCCUCCAGGCAGUGCUGUCCUGCGUGGAGCACAAGAUGAAAGGGCUGAAGCUGCGAGUUAAACCUCGGGAAAAGAAGGCGUUCAAGUUGAUUCCCAAGAAGAAAAACGACCGCCAGAACCUCCAACAAGCUCUCGAUCGUCUCACACCAGAGUUGUGUCAGCUGCCAUCUGUGGAUGCCCAGAUCAAGUACAUAGUUGAGCGGUUUCAGCUUGGAGAAAAUGAGAAGAAGGCCCGAAGCCUGCUGGUUCAACUCCUGCAAGAAGUAUUUGUUGAAUUCUUUCCAGACAGCCAGAUUCUGCCGUUUGGUUCUUCUGUGAACACUUUUGGUAUCCACUCGUGUGACUUGGACCUUUUCCUGGACCUGGAGAACACCAAGGUGUUUCAAUCCCAGGCCAGGUCCAGCAUGGAGCAGGCAGGUGAAGGCGUGUCAGAUGAUGGCCGCUCUGAGGACUCCAUCCUGUCUGACAUCGAUCUGUCCACUGCCUCUCCAGCUGAGGUUCUGGACCUUGUGGCAACCAUCCUGACACGCUGCGUCCCCAGCGUGCACAAAGUCCACGUGGUUAGCACCGCUCGCCUCCCCGUCGCCAAGUUCCACCACCGAGAGCUUAACCUGCAGGGGGACAUGACUCUCAACAACAGACUGGGAGUAAGGAACACGCGGUUCCUUCAGUUGUGUUCAGGCGUGGAGGAGAGGCUGAGGCCUCUGGUGUACACCGUCCGCUACUGGGCCAAGCAGAAGCAGUUAGCUGGUAAUCCCAGUGGUGCCGGCCCCCUCCUCAACAACUACGCUCUGACCCUGCUGAUCAUCUUCUACCUGCAAAACUGUGACCCGCCUGUCCUCCCCACUGUGGACCAGCUCAGAGACAUGGCCUGUGAGGAGGAGGAAUGUGAGAUUGAAGGCUGGAACUGCACUUUCCCCAGUCAGCCUAUAGCUGUGCAGCCCAGCACAAACACACAGGACCUCUGUUCUCUGCUCUCAGGCUUCUUCUCCUUCUACGCACAGUUUGAUUUUGCCAGUAGUGUUAUUUCCAUUAGGGAGGGCCGUGCACUCCCAAUCAUAAACUUCCUCAGCCAGACUAAAGAAGAUGAGAUGAUGCAAGAGGAACAAGCCACAAAGACCCAUCCGCACGGUCCCAAACUGGGCCCGUUAAAUCUCCUGGACCCCUUUGAGCUCUCCCACAACGUGGCCGGAAACCUGAACGAGCGCGCUCUGCGCAGUUUCCAGAAGGAGUGCCAGGAGGCCGAAAAAUACUGCCGCAGCCUGCAAUACCAGCGCAAGUCCACCAAGGCCAAGUCGUGGGGGCUGGUGCGCUUGUUUACCCCGCACGUGGAAGUUCAGCACAACAAGACGGAGCAGCUGAACAUCAGUAUCCCCUUCAAGUCUACGUCGCUGCCGGAGGGGCUGCGUGACGAGCUGCGCGUCGCAGGAGACGCCUUCAGGCUGCCGUGGUUCCACAAGGUUUGCUCCGCUGUGGAGGUCGUACUCAGAGCUGUUCUCAGGUGCCACGUUGACGCCCCCCCGGAAGCUGUAUUUAGUGAGGACGCGGCGGUUGGUGCUGAGGAUACGGAAACUACAUCAGCUUCCGUCAGUGCAUUGUUAAACGACAGCACCGAGAGCGUCGAGUCUCAGAAGGAAGCGUGUGCGGCGGUCGUUGGCGCCAAGAGGCCCCUGUCUUCUGGCAGCGACUCCCCGGUGUCGCCUCAGGGUAAAAAGCCGAGGUGGACAAAAAGGAGGAAGCCUGAACUCCCUCCAUGGACGUGUGUGCAGAAGCACAUGGUGUGGGCCGGCAGGAGGAAAGUGCGACGGGAGCUCCUGAAAGGUGCGGACAGUAAACCUGAGGGCAGCUGCGUGGAGCUGGAGUCCCAGGUCACAGCGUCCAUCAUGGACAAGGAGCCAGAGCUUAGGGAGCCCGUGGAGUUCAAAGUUCAGCCCCUGAUGGCCGGGGGAACAGAAAGCACAAAGGUGCUGCUCAAGUUGGAGCCAAGCGACGACAAGGCAGGAGUUUUUCACGACUUCUUUCACUUCCUUGAAGUUUUCUUACCAAAGAUGGUAGAGACAGUGCUGCAGAGUGAGGGGGGCUGCGCGUAG